CUGACCUGCUCACGCCGUUGAAGGCGUCAUACUCGUUACCGACCCACUUCGUAGCGUUCGUAUUCCUUGAUCUUGCGAUUCCAAUCCGCAGGGAGGUUUUGCUGGCGUUCGGUCCAGUCGGGGAUGGCAGAUAGGCGAAAGCCGCUGGUCCUCUCUUCCACUCGAGCCCUCCUCGAUUCUGUUCUUGGUUCCGCCGGAUCCCAGGGCGUUGGCGAUGGGGCUGUUGGUGCCGAGGGGGAAGCCCGUGGCGCUGCAGACCGGCGCCGGCCGGAGCUGCGAUUGCCCGUUGGGAUUCUUCGAUUUUCUGACAGUGGUGGAGUUGGAAGCGAUGAGCUGAAGGAGAAUUUCUUCGUGGUGGGGCUUUCUGCAUCUGUGCUGAAGAAACUGGCCAUAGCGAGUGGAUCACUGAUUCUUCUAAAGAACUCUGAGACUAAUGUAGGAAGGAUCGCCAAAGCUAAAGUUCUUCAUCAUCCACUUGCUGGAGAGAAAUAUAGAGGAUGUACACAACAAGCUACUUCUGUUUCGAGUUCUCAACGUGUAAUGAAAUUGUUACCUUCUUUUACAUACCCAUCAGAGGCUUAUUGUCCCUCAGAUCAGGAAGUGGCCUAUGUUACUCCCUUAUUAGCAUUUAACCUUGGAUUGCAUAUAUCUUGUCUUAAGGUUCUUGUUCGUAGUGGCCAAGAAUCUUUGACAUCAUUGUUUGAAGUGGAAGAGCAUGGAGAAGAGAAGGAGACGAAUUACCACCCACUAUUCAUUGACCUUAUCCCAUGGCCUGACUUGCCUAAAUAUGCCACUCACCUAAGAAUUUCCUUCGUGAAGAUCCCUGAAUGUGGUUUACUUGGAUCUCUUAGAGGAAAAUCAGCAACCGAGGAAGGUGAUCGUCAAGAUAUGAUUGAUUUAGCUUUAAAUGAAUACUUUAAAGUUGAUAAGUUCCUGGCAAGGGGAGAUGUUUUCUAUAUUCGUGUAGAUUGGAAUUGCAGUUCGGAAAUGUGUGUUUUUUGUAACCAGAAGAGCCCAAAAGGGCUGUCCAGUAACAUAGUAUAUUUCAAGGUUAUGUCCAUGGAGCCAUCAGAUGAGCCCAUUCUUUGUGUCAACUGCAAUCAAACAGCACUAGUUCUUGGAGGAAGUGCAGCUUCUUCUAUUCCUCCAGACAGAUUUAUUGGCUCUUCCAAUGACUUCACGCCUUUGCAUGUUGAAACAGUGAAGAAAUUGACAUCCAUUCUUGCACCUGCUAUAUGUCCUUCGGCCUUAUUGUCAAGAUUCAGGGUUUCUGUCUUCCUGUCUGGUAAUCCAGGGUGCGGAAAGCGAACUGUUGUUAGAUAUGUUGCCCAAUGUCUAGGCCUCCAUGUUGUUGAAUAUAGUUGUUAUGACCUUACCGAAUCCUCAGAUAAGAAAGCAUCUGCUGCACUUACAAAUGCCUUCAAAUCGGCAUCUAGAUAUUCACCAUGUCUACUUCUGCUUCGCCACUUUGACGUGUUCACCAAUUUAUCUUCCAAUGAAGGUUCACGAUCUGAUCAAGUUGGCAUUACAUCUGAAAUUGCAUCAGUCAUUAGGGAGUUCACAGAGCCACUUUCUGAAAAUGAGAAUUCUUAUCCAGGGAAAAUGGCAAAUGAUGCUUCUUUUCUCGUUGAAGCUGAAAAACUAAACAGCAGGGUGUUCCUAGUUGCGGCUGCUGGCAGUUCUGAUGGCCUGCAACCACAAAUCAGACGUUGUUUCAGCCAUGAAAUAAGCAUGAGUCCUUUGAACGAGGCACAAAGGAUCUCUAUGCUGUCUCGGUCACUCAGGGGAUCCAUCAGGACACUUGAUAAGACAAUUGGCGAUGAGUUUCUAAAAGAUAUAGUUUCUCAGACAUCGGGUUUUAUGCCCAGGGAUAUACAUGCUUUAGUUGCAGAUGCUGGUGCCAAUUUUGUACAAAGAACUCUCACUGAUGGUGGCAAAUCUGAAAAUGGAGAUUUCAGUGAGAUUACUGCUACAGGUCUUGCAUCUAUUCAAGAUGAAGAUAACUCACAUGACUAUGCAAAUAAGCACAUAGAGAAGGAAGACUUUUCAAAAGCAUUGGAAAGAUCGAAGAAAAGGAAUGCUUCAGCAUUGGGUGCACCAAAAGUGCCCAACGUAAAAUGGGAAGACGUUGGUGGACUUGAAGAAGUGAAGAAAUCAAUUCUUGAUACAGUUCAGUUACCUCUUCUGCAUAAGGAUUUAUUUUCAUCUGGAUUGCGCAAACGUUCAGGUGUUCUUCUUUAUGGGCCUCCAGGAACAGGGAAGACACUGUUGGCAAAAGCUGUUGCGACGGAGUGCUCACUAAAUUUUCUGAGUGUGAAGGGGCCAGAAUUGAUCAACAUGUACAUAGGAGAAUCAGAAAAGAAUGUCAGGGAUAUCUUUCAGAAGGCCAGAGCUGCACGGCCCUGUGUCAUUUUCUUUGAUGAGCUUGAUUCCCUUGCUCCUGCUCGGGGAGCUUCUGGAGAUUCAGGUGGUGUCAUGGAUAGAGUGGUCUCACAGAUGCUAGCAGAAAUUGAUGGCCUAAAUGAUUCCAGUCAGGAUUUAUUUAUAAUAGGGGCAAGUAACAGACCUGAUCUUAUUGACCCAGCACUUCUGCGUCCUGGCCGAUUUGACAAGCUUCUGUAUGUUGGAGUCAACACUGAUGCAUCUUACAGAGAGAGGGUUUUGAAAGCACUUACAAGAAAAUUUAAGCUGGACAAGAAUGUUUCUUUAUUCUCAGUUGCUAGGAAAUGCCCUCCAAAUUUUACUGGUGCAGACAUGUAUGCAUUAUGCGCAGAUGCUUGGUUUCAUGCUGCAAAGCGUAAGACAUCAAGCGAUGGCUCAAAUCCAACUAUUGAUGAUAAAGCAGAUUCAGUCAUUGUGGAAAUCAAUGAUUUCAUGAAGGUACUGGGAGACUUAGCUCCCUCACUAUCAAUGGAUGAACUGAAGAAAUAUGAACGCCUAAGAGAGCAGUUCGAAGGUCCAAGCUGAAGCAGUGCCAAUCGCUACUGACUGCAUGUUGAUCACCCAAACGAUUCACUUUACAAGUGGGCAUAAUUACCUCAUUUGUGCAAGGUCAAGCAUAUGCCAUGGAGCUUCGAGCUACAUUGCUAUUCACCGUCAACCAAACACCAGAUGACAUUGUUUCUUAAACCACCAUAACGUAUUAUCAAACCAACAAUGUCUUGUUUUAACAUGUAUAUGUUAUGCCAUUUGGUGCUGUUCUCUGAACCAGCUUCGAGGUUACUGUUAACUGUUGUACCAUGGAUGAGCAGGAAAGUUGCAGCAACCUGCUGUGUCAAGUCUCUGUCCUAAUCGGUACAUUGUGACCGACUCGUAAGUGUACAUUGUGUUCAUUGAGUUAAACCACAAAUGGUGGUUUGUACUCUUCAUUUACAAGUCUCCAUACUGUCUGCCAUGGUGGAAGAGAAGCAUAGUGCUUGCAGAUCAUGGCCAUAAAUGGAUUCGUCCCAAGAUUAUUGUUGUGUCACUUGUGCUACUGUAAAGUAUUCCAUGAUCAGAAAAUUUGGUGUCGAUGAUUUGAUUACGCU